AUUAAUUUCGUCCUCUCUAAUCAGACUGUAGCAGAGAAUUUCAAAGCUUGUUGAAGGAUGGCAAAAAAGCAUUCAAGCAAAGUAUUCUCCGAGGAGGAACAACAAUUGCUUUCAUAUCCUACAGAUGAUGAGAGGGUACAGGAGGAUAAUUGCUUAUUCUCGUGGUUUUUAAGUUUGUUUAAAAAACCUCGUAAAUCUUUGGAUAACUUUUCAUUUGGUAAUUUCCCAUUUGAUACUGAAGGAAACUUACUGACAUUGAAAGAGGUUAAGUACAUAGACAGAAAAUUUGGCCGUGGUGAUAGCGUUGAGAUGGUGAAUGUUCAUAAGCUGCAAGUAUGGGAUUGUGUUCAUAUUAUCCCCAUUUUAUUUCUUAAUCUUCUGUAGCUGUGAACCAAAAUUUAAACUUGUUUUGGGUUUCUUUUCCAGAU